GACAGGCGAGAGGAGGAGUUUUCCAGCUUGGCCUCCGCGAGCCGCGCGCAGCCCCUCGGUCGGGUUGGUCUCCUCCCGCCCCCGGGAAGCGCGCCGCGCAGCCGAGCCGAGCGCAGCGCCGGGCGCGCCAUGGGGAGCCCCGCACUCCGGCCCGCGCUCCUGCCGCUGCUGCCGCUGCUGCUGCUGCUGCUGCUGCUUCGAGUCCCGCCGAGCCGCGGCUUCCCAGGAUCUGGAGACUCACCACUAGAAGACGAUGAAGUCGCGUAUUCACACGCUAGAUAUAAAGAUACCCCGUGGUGCUCCCCCAUCAAGGUGAAGUACGGGGAUGUGUACUGCAGGGCCCCUCAGGGAGGAUACUACAAAACAGCCCUGGGAACCAGGUGUGACAUUCGCUGCCAGAAGGGCUACGAGCUGCAUGGCUCUUCCCAGCUGAUCUGCCAGUCAAACAGACGGUGGUCGGACAAGGUCAUCUGCAAGCAAAAGCGAUGUCCUACCCUUGCCAUGCCAGCAAAUGGAGGGUUUAAGUGCGUCGACGGUGCCUACUUUAACUCCCGGUGUGAGUACUAUUGCUCGCCAGGAUACACAUUGAAAGGGGAGCAGACAGUCACGUGUAUGGACAACAAGGCGUGGAGUGGCCGACCAGCCUCCUGUGUUGAUAUAGAACCUCCUAGAAUCAAGUGCCCAAGUGUGAAGGAACGCAUUGCGGAACCCAAUAAAUUGACAGUCCGGGUGUCCUGGGAGACCCCUGAGGGAAGAGACACAGCAGAUGGCAUUCUCACUGAUGUUAUCCUAAAAGGCCUACCCCCAGGCUCACAUUUUCCAGAAGGAGACCACAAGAUCCAAUACACAGUGUAUGACAGAGCUGAGAACAAGGGCAUUUGCAAAUUUCGAGUUAAAGUAAGAGUCAGACGCUGCGGCAAACUCAACGCCCCAGAGAAUGGCUACAUGAAGUGCUCCAGCGACGGCGAUAAUUACGGGGCCACCUGUGAAUUCUCCUGCAUCGGAGGCUACGAGCUCCAGGGGAGCCCUGCCCGAGUGUGUCAGUCCAACCUGGCCUGGUCUGGCACAGAGCCCACCUGUGCAGCCAUGAAUGUCAAUGUCGGCGUCAGAACAGCCGCUGCGCUUCUGGAUCAGUUUUAUGAGAAAAGAAGACUGCUCAUCGUGUCCACGCCCACAGCCCGAAACCUCCUCUACCGGCUGCAGCUGGGGAUGCUGCAGCAAGCACAAUGUGGCCUGGAUCUUCGACACAUCACCGUAGUGGAGCUGGUAGGUGUGUUCCCGACCCUCAUCGGCAGGAUAGGAGCAAAGAUUAUGCCUCCAGCCCUAGCUCUGCAGCUCAGGCUGUUGCUGAGAAUCCCACUCUACUCCUUCAGUAUGGUGCUAGUGGAUAAGCACGGCAUGGACAGGGAGCGCUAUGUCUCCCUGGUGACGCCUGUGGCCCUCUUCACCUUGAUCGACACUUUCCCCUUGAGAAAAGAGGAGAUGGUCCUGCAAGCUGAAAUGGGCCAGACCUGCAACACCUGAUGUGACGGGUCCUCUCUCGGCAGUUCCCCUUCUCUUUCUAUAUCCGUGCUAUGCACACAGGAAGGCCUGGAAAAUAUCCUUGAUGUACAGAUUUUUAUUUGUAAUUUUUAAAGUCUAUUUUAUUAUAAACUUUCUUUGCACUUAAAAUAUUAACACUGCUUUUUGUACUUUGAAGUAUUCCAAAAAAUAUGAAUGAUACUCUCUUAACUCCAUCAUGGCUGGUUAAUUUGGCAGAGAAAAUAGAACCUACAACCAUACACAUGCUUUCAAUGCCUUUUCUACAGUGUGACACAUCUCUAUCUUUUUUAUAUAAAACUUAUUAAUAAAAUAUUUGGGAGCAAA